CCACUACUCCACUCUAUAUCUCUCUCCCUCUCUCUUAUUAUCUCUAAACAAGCGUACGUUAACCACAUACAAUGGCUUCACUUACUGUCAUCUUCUUCUUCUUCCUCUUCAUCUCAUCUUGUUUUGCUCAAUCCUACAAUGUCUUGUCUUUCGGAGCUAAACCAGACGGAAAGACAGACGCAACCAAAGCGUUCAUGGCGGUUUGGGAAACCGCUUGUGCAUCGUCUCGUCCCGUUACCAUUGUGGUUCCCAAAGGCCGGUUCUUGUUAAGGAGCCUUAACUUCGACGGUUCAAAGUGCAAACCGAAGCCCGUUACGUUCCGUAUCGACGGUACAUUGGUGGCUCCGGCUGAUUAUCAAGUUAUCGGAAAUGAAGACUAUUGGAUAUUCUUCCAGCAUCUCGACGGCGUCACCGUAUACGGCGGAGUUCUUGACGCUCGAGGAGCUUCUUUAUGGGAUUGUAAAAAAUCCGGCAAGAAUUGCCCCAGUGGUGCAACGACCAUAGGAUUUCAGAGCUCAAGCAACGUCGUGGUCUCUGGGCUGACGUCACUCAACAGCCAGAUGUUCCACGUCGUCAUCAACGGUUGCAACAACGUGAAGCUUCAAGGAGUCAAAGUAUUAGCUGCCGGAAACAGCCCCAACACGGACGGUAUCCACGUUCAGUCUUCCACCACCGUCUCUAUCUUCAAUACUAAAAUCUCCACUGGCGACGAUUGUGUCUCCAUCGGUCCAGGCACUAACGGACUAUGGAUCGAAAAUGUAGCAUGCGGCCCUGGUCAUGGCAUCAGCAUUGGUAGUUUGGGAAAAGAUAGCGUGGAGUCAGGUGUACAGAACGUGACUGUUAAAACGGUGACGUUUACAGGAACAGACAACGGAGUGAGGAUCAAAUCAUGGGCCAGGCCAAGUAGUGGAUUCGCUAAGGACAUCCGUUUCCAACAUUGUGUGAUGAACAACGUAGAGAACCCUAUCAUCAUUGACCAAAACUACUGUCCUGAUCACAAUUGUCCUGUCCAGGUUUCGGGGAUCAAAAUCAGCGAUGUGUUGUUUGUUGAUAUACAUGGAACAUCAGCGACCGAAGUUGGAGUGAAACUUGAUUGUAGUUCUAAGAAACCCUGUACCGGAAUACGACUUGAGGACGUUAAAUUAACAUACCGGAAUAAGCCGGCGGCGUCGGCUUGUGCUCACGCCGGAGGGAUAGAAGCUGGAUUUUUUCAGCCAAAUUGUCUAUGACAAAAAACGAAGAAAACAUGGAUUUUCUUUUAAGUAUUACUUAAAAAGUCGUAGUAGUAAAUUGUAUAAUUUCGUAAUUGAGAUGCAUGAGCCUGUGGCGGUUGAUGGCCUAGUGGACCUUAAAGCCUGGCCUUGCUUUGUAGUAUAUGAACUAGGGCGACCAUUGAUGUAUUUGAUGUGUUGUGUUAUAACUUGUGUUAUUUUUAUGUAACUGUUGGGAUUUUUUUUUAA